AGAGUUGGCAAUAUUAAUAAAUGUAUAUGUUUAAAGCGGCAAGAUGUUUAAAGGGUGAUACAAGGGCGGAAGGCUGCGGCUGUGGCUUCCGGACAGCUGGGUGGCCUUCGCCGCAAGGACAGCGGCACCAUCUUCCUCAUCCCCCUCCGUCUGCAGCCAACAACACACCAGCGCACCACAACGCCAACAACGGCAAACUUCAGCAAGAUUGCACAAACAGAAUCAACAAAACACCUAAAAAAUGA